GCAGACAUCAUGGAUCUCAACAGCAAGCUACAAGAUGUUGUCCGUCUCGACAAGAUCGAUGACAAUCUCGAGACCACCUUUGCCGCCGAUAGAAUCACCGAGGAAAAGAAGCUUCUGAAGAAGAUUGACAUGAGGAUGAUGCCAAUGAUGAUGCUUAUCNNUGUACGUCGAGCCCUCGAAUUCGAUGUUGCAGAUCCAUCGACUGACGUGAAUUCUUACAAAGACGUACUGAACUACCUUGAUCGCAAUAACAUCGCAGUUGCUCGUCUUGGCUCAUUCGAGAAAGACCUUGGUUUGGAAGGUACCCAGUACAACACCAUCAUCUCCAUCUUCUUUGUGGGAUACAUCUUGACGCAGGUACCCACGAACAUGAUCUUGGACAAGGUCAAGCCCUCCGUCUUCCUGCCCUGCAUCAUGUGCUGUUGGGGAGCUGUUAGCGCCUGCUCUGGUGCGGUGCAGAAUUACCACGGGAUGAUUGCACUACGUUUCUUACUUGGGUUUGUCGAAGCGCCCUUCNNUUUCGUGACCGGCUCCCUCUUCCUGUUCUCCUCAUGGUACACGAAGAAAGAGCUUGCAAAGCGUAUCUCAAUCCUCUACGCGGCUGGUCAGAUGGCAGGCGCUUUUGGAGGACUCUUGGGUAGUGCCAUCAUGGGUGGCAUGGAAGGCAAAGCAGGGCUUGCUGCAUGGCGAUGGCUCUUCAUCAUUGAAGGAACUGCGACCAUUCCGAUUGCUUUUGCAGCUGCUUUCGUGCUGCCAAACUAUCCUGACACCACAAAGUGGUACGAAGCUAGCACAUUCCCCUUAAGGACAUCAGCUGACGGACAUGUAGGNCUGACUGAGCAAGAAAGACACCUUGCCACACUCCGAAUCGCCGAAGAUGCAAACGAACAGGACGUCCACAAAUCGAGCUCUCGCGAAGGACUGAAGCUGGCGUUCGCCGACCCCUCACUAUACAUCUUGUGGUUUAUGCAGUUGAGCUUGAAUACCGCAGCAGCAUUCACCAACUUCUUCCCGACCAUCGUCAAGACUCUUGGAUACAACAGAACCCAGACUCUGUUGUUGUCGGCUCCACCAUAUGUCUUUGCUGCCAUCCUGGGUAUCACCAAUUCCUGGCACUCGGACAAGACCCGCGAACGUUGGCUUCAUGUUGUCUGGCCUCAGGUGUUCUGCAGUAUAGGAUUCAUCAUCUCUGCAGUGACGCUAAAUGUCGCGGCAAGGUACACGGCGACUUUCAUGAUGAUGUCUGUCUAUGGCAGCUUUGGAUGCAUCUUAUCAUGGGUAUCCUCCACCUUACCUCGUCCAUCGUCCAAACGCGCGGUCGCAUAUGCUGUUGUCAAUGCUGGAUCAAAUCUCGCAUCGAUCUUUGCAUCGUACAUCUACCCCGCGUCCCAAGGACCACGAUACUGGCAAGCCAAUGUCGUCAACGUGGCGUUCUCGGCAGCUUGCAUUGCACUUGCGACUACUCUUCGAUUCUAUCUUGGCUGGAGGAACAGGAAGCUUGACCAAGCAAGCGAUGAAGACGAUAGGAUUGAAAGGACAGCUGUAGGAACAAGGGUGACAGCACUGUCUCAGAGAUGGCAAUGUCAUCCUGACUACAGAUAUGCACUGUAG